AUGGCAAAAAAAGAUAACAAGACCGAGAAGGACAACAAGUGGUGCAGCUUUCAAAGGACGUCUUCACAUAGCGAUGCCGAAUGCUUCACGCAGCAAAAGAAAGCACCGGCAACGAGAUAUAAUGGACGCCAAGCAAAACGUGCUGAGGCUACACAGGUUGAAGAAGCUGCUUCUGAUUACCCGUACAGUGACGAAGAGUGCAAGAAUGAAGAGUGCAAGGUGUUGAUGCACAUGCUGGCGACGCAACCUAAACAGCCACCGCCAAUUCGCUUGCUAAGUCGUAUAUCCAAGGCCAAGGAGAAACACCUUGCAUUGGUCGUUUCAGGCUGUUCAACCAGUUUUAUCAAAGUUCACCCAUACGUGCGAAAGCAGUUUAUUGAGCUUCCCACGGAAUACUAG